UGCUGUCAAUGCCGGUGAGCAAGCUGUUUUGCCAAGUUUGUUUCAUCCGCACUGAAACCAUUUUCUGAAAACAUUCUCCAGAGUGUGUGGCAUUGAAUAUAAACUGUUUAAACGAUGGCUUCGGAACGAUAUAGCUUUUCGUUAACCACCUUCAGCCCGUCGGGGAAGCUGGUCCAGAUCGAGUAUGCCCUGGCAGCGGUAGCAGCGGGAGCACCUUCGGUCGGUAUUAAGGCAGUGAACGGAGUCGUGAUUGCUACGGAAAACAAGCAAAAGUCAAUCCUGUACGAUGAGCACAGCGUGCACAAGGUGGAAAUGGUCACGAACCAUAUCGGUAUGAUUUACUCUGGCAUGGGACCCGACUAUCGUCUACUGGUAAAGCAGGCCCGGAAGUUGGCCCAGAACUACUACCUAACGUACCGCGAGCCCAUUCCGACGUCGCAGUUGGUGCAAAAGGUUGCCACGGUCAUGCAGGAGUACACGCAGUCCGGUGGUGUGCGACCGUUCGGUGUGUCGUUGCUGAUCUGUGGCUGGGACGAUGGUCGCCCGUAUCUGUUCCAAUGCGAUCCCUCCGGGGCAUACUUUGCGUGGAAGGCGACGGCCAUGGGCAAGAAUGCUAACAAUGGCAAAACCUUCCUCGAGAAGCGCUACAGUGAAGAUCUCGAGCUGGACGAUGCGGUCCACACGGCCAUCCUAACGCUAAAGGAAGGCUUCGAGGGACAGAUGAACGCAGACAACAUUGAGGUGGGCAUUUGCGAUGCGAACGGUUUCCGCCGACUGGACCCAUCCGACGUGCAGGACUAUCUGGCCAAUAUUCCAUAAGCUUU